AAUCCUUCUCAUUUCUUUACUGCAACCAAAGCGAUUGUUGGCUGCGAUUCCCAAUCGUUUUUCUAUAGCUCAAUUACCCGGCAGUUCCAAUCGAACAGUUGGAAGAGUUUUUGGCUUCUCAGUCUUCCCGCGGAGAGUGUUUCAAUCAAAUGCGGCUGAAGAUUAACAAGGCCUGCGAUCUCAGUUCUAUCUCCGUUCUUCCUCCUCAUUCCAGGAGGUCAAAUGCGUUAACCACUGGGCAGCAAGCACCACAGUUGCGAUCACAACCUUCGCAACAAUCCUUUUCUCAGGGUUUGUCAUCUCAGCACGGCAUGUAUUCUCAACUUUCUCAGAACUCUUUUGACGAAGUCGUCACAAAUGAACAGAGAUUUAGCUCUCAAGACCGAGAAAACUCGAUUAAGAAGAAUUCCUUUUUUCCUCCUCUAAGUUACUCCAGAGAAGAUUGCCAAUUGGCACUCUCUAAAUCUUCAACCAGUUUAACACAAAGAUGGAAACCAACUCCUCUUCCCGACUCUAAGUGUCAAGUAGGUGAAGAACUGGACCGCCGCCUUGGAACUAUAGAAAACUCAUUAAACAAGUUUGGAAAGAUCUUGGAUUCUCUUCACAGUGAUAUCCUGCAACUAAACAAAGGAAUGAAGCAAAUUUCUCUGGAUGUGGAAGGCAUAUGGCAAAAGAUGCUUGUUAACAGUAGCUCGCUGCAAUCCAUGAACAAAGACCACGAUGACAUGAAAGCUACCCUCGAUGGAGGCUUCAAAUUGAUAUCCAAUCAACUUAAGAAGGAUGCAUACCAAGAAAGGCUUAAUGAGAUUUCCAAUGUUCUUUCUUCAUUGGAAAAGCAAGUACAAGCAUCUCAACUGAAAUUAAAAAAUGACUUCAUCAGCACAUUCACCCAAGAAAUUAAGGCGAUGGUCUGUACCUUGAAGAACCCCUUGCAGAAAUUUCCACCUCACUCUAUUCAAUCUCCCGAGAGUACUGCUUGUUUGGAUGUUCCACAGCAAAAGCGACAUCGAUGUAAAAUUCAAUCUGCAUCUCCGAAUGUUUGCAUUCGAGCAACUACAGUACAAAAGGAGGAAGUAGGACGGUGGAAAUCAGUAAAAGUGGGAAAGACGUUUUGCACUGGUAGUGUGGCGAAAAAGGAUGAUCCGAAGAAAGUAAUUCCAUUUUCUGAACAGCAGCGCCUGGUGCUGGAAAGAGAAUAUAGAGUUAUUGUUGAUUCUGAUGAGGAGAUCGAAAGAAGUUUCUCCUGCUUAAUUGAAGAGAAGAAAACAGGAGAAGAUGUACGUUACUAUUCCAUAGAAGACGCCAAGGAAGAAAGUGCAAGAAUUUUAAGGAAAGCAAGAAGGCAGAAAAGAAAAUACUGCAAUCCUAUAAUUAUUAAUUGAAGGUGCAAGAUGGGUCAGCACGAUCAGGAUGUAAAGACCUCUUUCUUCUAGGUAAUUGGAUCCUUAUCUUGCUUUUGAAUGCCCACUUUUGCAUGCUGUCCAUUAUGCUUAUCUGAGCCUUCUUGCUUUUUCGUACAUCCUCCUUUUUUCUUUUCCACUGCUCAAAUCCCUUCAAAUCUUUUCUUCUUUUCCCCUUUCCUCCUCCCACUUUGGAAUCUGGACCACUAACACACCACUUUCACUCAAAAGAUGAGCAUAACUCUAACUUGCUCUUGACAUAAAAAUACCCUUUUGUGUUGGGGAAGGCUCUUUUGUAGGACAUUAAAAUAAGUUUAAGCCAUUCCUAUUUUUAGCUUUUUCUUUGAAACGAAGCAAAGCUGUAGAUAUAUUAGUUCCUCUUAGCAAUGUGUUCCCUUUUGGUUGUGGGUUUGGGGAUAGUGGGGUUUGAAUGAUGAAGCCCAUUACCAACUUUCCUUUUCUUUUUCCCCUUUGGAAAGUCCACGUUUCACUGAAUUUGACAAAGCCCACAAAGCAGAUAUUGUUGUCUGCCAGUCCAACUAAGUCCCACAUGGUUGUUCUGUUUUAUCAAUGCCCUGUUUUCUGGACCAUAAGGUCUAUGAUUUGGGAAUCACGGGUUAUUUUACAACUCAUAAACUUCCGAUCUUUUGUCCAUAUUCAAAUCUUUAGUUUGGUAUUCUUUGAAGUUUUGAUUCUAAAAUGGCAUAUGGUUGAGAAAAAUAUAGAAGUAUUGAAUAUAUACACUAUGAACAUGAUCUGAUUUUGAGCCAUGUGAUAUAAAAUGGGAGCGGCAUGAGCGUUGUUUAACAUUUGAAAGAAAAAGUAAAAAGAAGAAAAGAUGAAGACACUCCAAUUUUCUAUUGAAAAAUAUAAUUUUCUUCUCGAGUGGAGCGGGUCUCGAAACUCUACUAAAAUCCAAACCUUCCAUACACACCAUAGCUUUCUGCUAUUGAAAUAAACUAUAGGUUUAAAAAAAUUGAUUUUGAGCCGACAAAAUUGAUAUUAAUAGGUUCUAAUUCAUUCUCGUGCUCUUAAUAUUACUAUGUCGAUUAGUUAUUAAUUUGAAAAAAAUAAAUAAAUCAGUUACUGAACUAAAAAUAAUAAUAUUUAUGUAGUGUCCUUAAACCUUAUAUUAUGUUUUUAUUUUGGGUUGGUUGUUAGAAUAUAGAAUUGAUGGAAAUGUGAAUAAACUAGUAAGGGAGGUCAUCAAUGUCCUGACGCCAAACUUUAUAUAUAUUUUAGUUCACUAAUUCGAGGUGGGAAUAGAACAAUUGUUUUUUAAGAUAAUAAAACAAGGGUAAUAUUUAGGUACAUUUUGAACAUCACAUAACUUUAUGCAUACCUUCUCAUCACUCACAUAAAAAAAAAAUUAUUAAAAUUUUUCAAAAAAGAUAAAAUGCAAAACUUAUCACAUGACAAGUUAUGAUUGGAUAAUUUGGUGAGAUGCACGUAUCUCAUACCCGAAAUAUACUUGAGUGUUUUUCUUGUUUUAUCAACUAAGCUAUGCCUGAGUUA